GGUAGCGUACGAACCUGUAUAAUAGCAGUGUAUAAUCUAUGGCACGGACUCUGUGGACGUAAGCCCGGGAACAUAUUUCAAAUAAGGAACUUAAACUUUAAAACGGAAUUAACGUAAAAAAUAUUAAAAAAAACAAACGUUGUUUUUAAAAUGUGUAAACAGGAUGUGCUAGUUCCUUCGGAUACAAAUGACCCAGCCAUGAAAAAAAUCUGUAAGCCAGCCAUGCUGGGACGCAUGUGGCAGGCCAGCAGACGUGGCCUGAACCUUGAACACUCUCCGCCCUACCACUUCGCCUGCAGUCAGUGGCAGACGGGGCACAGACCGGCGACUUUCUAUUUAGUUUAUAGGUGGAUAUUAUUCUUAACAGUAUUCUCAAUCGGUGUAUCAAGUUUCGUUUGCCAGCGGCUGCCGCGGCUUUACGACGGGCCCAAGGUGGAACUGAAUUACUUCAAGUGGUUCAUCUAUUUCACGAACUGGGGUUAUAUGCUGAUAGUAAUACAAGCUGGCUUGGCGCUAGCCGUUGUACAUAAAUACAAGAAUCAAAAAACAUACUGUAUACCUUGCGACGACGAAGAGAUACCUCUGCCACGGCGCCAGAAAACGCCUCUGAUUUGCCGCGUCUACUGGCUAGCCCACAAUAUUGCUACCGAUCUGGCCUUUGUCAUCACUCUUGUGUAUUGGACUCUAGUCCAUGAUCCCAAAAUCCACGAAAUCAACGCGUUAAACAUCCUAGUGCACGGCUGCAACUCGCUAGUCAUGAUUGUGGAGCUGCUGGUGACCGCGCACCCGGUCCGCGGCGCGCAUGCGCUGUUCGGCGCCGGCGCGGGCCUCACUUAUGGGAUAUUCAGCGCGUUGUACUGGGCGCUGGGGGGCACGGAUCGGAUCGGCCUGCCAGCUAUCUAUCCAGCGCUAGAUUGGAAUAAGCCAGGUUCAGCCUUCGGUUUCGUAGCGCUGUGCGCUGUGGUGAUGAUAUUUGCCCACGGGGUCGCCACCCUCCUGGCGUUAUUGCGCAUGAAACUCGCGGCGAAACUGCGACCCUCCAGCUCUCAUCUCGACAAAUUCACGCUGCCCACUCACUGAAGGUUAAGGAAACGGGACUAGACUGUAAUUGUUGUAUGGAUAGCUUUCGGAUUUGUUUGUUCAGUAUUUUUUGAAAUUGACAAACGAUUUCAUUUGUCCCAUAGCAAAUGAUUAUCAUUUUCGCAAGCGUUUUGAAAAUACAUUCAAAAAGAUAUGAUAGUUUAGUUGAUAUAGAGGGUGAACAAUAGCAUGUAGGUAUAUUAAUUAUGACUUAUAUAUUUGACGCCAUUUUUAUUGACUUGCAUGCACAUUAUAAACCAAGCCUCAAGUAUUCUGUACAGUGCCACCACUGCGUAUCUUAUAAAAUGGGCCUAAGGCCUUCAAUAAUAAAGGCCCUCUCUUCCUUACUAACAAGAGUUUAAUGAACACGAUAAUGAAUAAUCUCCUCCACUUUAUAAAUAUAAAUCAAACAAAUACUGUAAAUGUGAAAAUGGAUACGUAGAAAAUAUGGUCAAUAUAAGUUUCGAUAUAUGCCGAACCUAUGGAUAACUAAACAGUUUGCCAAAAAGAUAUGUCUAGAGAACACAAUAAAACGAGCUAAUAAAUAUAUUUUCUUUGAACUUGACAGAUCCGCUAGGUACCUAGAGCUACGCCACUGUAUAAUAUAUAUACGCCAAUGUAUUGUUCUGAUAUUAAUAAGCAUAAAAUUAUGUUACUUAACAUUGCAACUGUAUCGCCAUAGAAUAUAGGUAUUGGUGUGUAUUUGAACAUAGUUUAAAUAAACUUGAUAUAUAUGUCAUGACAAGGAAUUAAGUUAAAUAUGAUUUUUAAGUUCAGACAGCUGCCAUUCUAUUAAAUUUAUGAGAAAGCAUUUAAGUAGGUAGGUGUGAUAUUAUGUGAUAAUAUUAAAGUUCCCCAUAAUGUAUUUAAGCAUUGCCAGUAUUCCUUAGAUAAUAAGCCCCUUUAAUUAAUAUUUGACGGAUUGUUUUGAAAUUAUAAUUAUUAUAAAGGUAACACCAGGUUGCUUUUCCAUUUUUUAGCACUUAAAAGGUAAAUAGAAUCUCAGUAGCGGA